AUGCUUGAUGCUGAGUGCGUGUCUCCAGGAAUUUCUACAAGUGGUUUUAUUUUAACCAUCCGCUUUCGAAAUGCCUAUUUUGGUGAUUUGGAGUCUAUAAAUCCUUCGGCUUGGCCGGAUCAAUUGAGCACGCGGGCAUUGUACAAAAUCUUCAACCGCACCCUCCACCGUCGAGGCAUUUAUUUCAUUCCCUUUCGUGGGUCAAAAUUACCUCGACUAGGCGGUUUUUGCCUUAGCAAUAGGCUUUUGUAUCGUACGUUUAUCUUGCUGGCGAGGCUCUUUACUUUACUAAUGGAAGGACUUAAGUCUAAAAAUGCGAGGCAAAGGGCUGAAUGUCUGGAAACCAUGGGAUCUAUUAUUGAGGAGUUUGGUAUCACUGUGGCCAAACAAAUAUCCGAUCGCGACAAUUCCGUGCGAAACGCAGCUUUGAACUGCGCAGUGCAAGCGUAUUCAUCGUGGGCGAGAAAGUGUACAAAAUGGUUGGAAAUAUUUCCAACAAGGACAUGUCGUUGCUGGAGGAGCGCAUCAAGCGUUCGCAAUUGCGUUAACGUAAAAUCCCACCGCCAAAACCGAAAAUGGACGUCAACUCCGCUAAUACGCACCCGGUGGAACCCCCUUCAACCGUUGGCUCGUUGGACUUUUUGGAAAUAUAGGACAAUGGACAAGGCUACUCGAGAAGAUCCCAGUGAACCAAACCGUGACUUAUGA